AUGGACUUCACUCUCAGGUUGCUGCCAUAUUGCAGCAAGGACCAUCUCAAGCUACUACAGUCAAUUGAAAGAGUGCUGCAUGAGGCAAAGGCCAUUGAUGGGGCUUACAAUAUUGCAUUUCAAGAUGAUACUAUGUCUCAGCUUCUUCCGCAUCCUACUACAACUCCUACUGUUGCACAGGCUUCUCAGUUUGCUACCUUGCAGGUCUUGGAACCCCUGGAGGCUGAAGCUCACGCCCUCCUUUUUGGUGCCAAGCUAGCUGCUGCACUCGACCUUCGGAAUGCAGCUUUGUUAACUGGCAAUCAAGUGGUGGCUUCCGCCGUGCUCGCUGGAUCGCCACGUACCCAUCAUGGACAUUGGUCGCUACGACCUAUUAUUGCUGAAACGCAGGACAUCAAGCAAGCAAAAAGCUAUUCUGUGAUCAAGAUUGAUAGACAAAAAAAUAAGAUAGCUGAUGUUUUGGCAAAAAGGGCAAGACGUGCAAGCCUUGUCCUCGUCCCACCCCCGCUCCUCGACCCUACCUACCCUAAUCCCAAGGCAUGGUGCUGA